AUGGACGACGCGGUGCCAACAGUGGAUCGCGCAGUGACUGUGGAGUCUCUGUCACACCUGCCGCUUGUCGAGAGCAACGUCGCGAUCGACAGGGUCGAGCACCUAAGGACGUCCAAGCUCGACAUCCAGACCAGGGAAGACGUGACCAGGGUUCCCGCCGUGCAGGCAGAUCUGGCGGCGGCGCUUCCCAGCUCCAGCAACGACAACUUCAACGACAAGCUGCAGAUGCAGAACGGCCACGACCUAAUCCACUUCGUGACCGAGAUCCCUGGGCAACUGUUAGCGGUACUCCAGUGGAUGGGACACCCAUACCUGACACCCAACAAG